AUGGGAAACAUUAAUCCCCCACAAAUCCUUGACAUUCGUCGAAGCAAAUUCGAAGAAUCAAUCCCUAAACAAGUCGAAGCAGGUUUAUUGUCGAGCCCAAAGACCCUUCCUGCUCUUCUCUUUUAUAGUACUGAGGGAAUACAGCAUUGGAACCGCCAUUCACAUGCAUCCGAUUUCUAUCCUAGGCGAGAAGAAAUACAGAUUUUAAAGGAGGAGGCCGCAGAUAUUGCAGCAUCCAUUGCAGAUGGGAGUGUUGUUGUGGAUCUCGGAAGCGCAAGCCUAGACAAAGUCAUACACCUCCUGGAGGCCCUAGAAGCUGCUCAGAAGAACGUGACCUACUAUGCGCUAGACCUGAGCUUCUCGGAGCUCACCUCAACUCUGCAAGCCAUACCAACGGAUCGAUUUAUCCAUGUACAGUUUUCUGCUCUUCAUGGAACAUUUGAGGAUGGCCUCCAUUGGCUAAAAGAGACUCCGGUUAUCCGAGACCAACCACACUGCCUCUUGUUGUUUGGGUUGACAAUUGGCAAUUUCUCCCGUCCGAACGCAGCCGAAUUCCUGCGAAACAUUGCCUCCCACGCACUUGUCGAGUCUUCUUCACAAAGCUCCAUCCUGCUCACACUGGACAGCUGCAAAGUCCCAACCAAAGUCAUCCGUGCCUACACGGCAGAGGGCGUCGUCCCGUUUGCAUUGGAAUCACUCAACUACGGAAACACUCUAUUCCCUCAAAAUGGAGAAGAAAAGGUCUUCAAUUCCCAAGACUGGCAUUUCCUAAGUGAGUGGAAUUACGUUCUUGGAAGACAUGAGGCGUCAUUGAUACCCAGGUCAAAAGACAUCAAACUUGGACAGCCCCUGGAUAACAUUGUGGUAAGUAAGCACGAAAAGGUUCGUUUUGGGUGCAGUUACAAAUAUGACUGUGAUGAGCGGAAAGAACUCUUUGCGGCUGCUGGGUUACGCGAUGUGAAGUCUUGGUCCAAGGAAACCUGUGAUGUGGCAUUUUACCAGUUGAAGUGUUGCCCAAACUAG